UGUUUCUCUGCCGCGUCUCGAGCCUCAUUACUCCGCUCCUCGCGGACCCACGUGGGCAGGAGAGAAAGAUGGCAGACGACAGGCUCUGUUUCCACGAGAUGGGUUUGGAUGAUCGUCUUUUAAAGGCGAUCGCAGACCUGGGCUGGGCUCAGCCGACCCUCAUUCAGGAGAAAGCCGUUCCUCUGGCUCUGGAGGGAAAGGAUCUUUUGGCCAGAGCUCGAACCGGUUCAGGAAAAACAGCGGCUUACGCCAUUCCUGUUAUCCAGCAGAUCCUCACCUCUAAACAGACUGUGCAGGGGGAGCAGGCGGUCAGAGCUCUGAUUCUGGUUCCUACUAAAGAACUGGGACAUCAGGUGCAGACAAUGAUCCGGCAGCUCACUGCAUACUGCGCUAAAGAUGUUCGGGUGGCAGAUAUCUCAGGAAAAACUGAAUUAUCUGCACAGAAGCCCAUUCUAAUGGAAAAGCCUGAUAUUGUGGUGGGAACUCCAUCGCGAGUGCAGGUCCACAUUUCUGCUCAGAACCUGGUGCUGCACUCGUCUCUGGAGAUGCUGGUCAUUGAUGAGGCUGAUCUUCUGUUCUCUUUCGGUUUUGAGGCUGAUCUUAAAAACCUCAUCUGUCACUUACCCAAGAUCUACCAAGCUUUCCUGAUGUCUGCUACUCUCAGUGAUGACGUUCAGGCCUUGAAAGAGUUGGUUCUGCACAAUCCAGUGACCCUGAAGCUGGAAGGCUCGAACCUGCCGGGCAGCGCUCAGCUGCAGCAGUACACGGUGAAAUGUGAGGAGGACGAAAAGUUCCUGGUGAUUUACGCUCUCCUCAAACUGGGCCUGGUCCGCGGCAAGACCCUCAUCUUCGUGGGCACGCUGGACCGCUGCUACAAACUCAAGCUCUUCCUGGAGCAGUUCGGCAUUCCUGCCUGCGUGCUGAACUCUGAGCUGCCCGUUCACUCCAGGUGUCACAUCAUCUCACAGUUUAACCAGGGAUUUUAUGAUUACAUCAUCGCUACAGACGAGCAGGUGCUCAGUAUCCCAUCAGCCUCCUCUCAGAGCGCCGAGGACAAAGGAAAGAAAAAGAAGAAGAAGAAGAAUGGGAAGAAUAAAACGGGUAAAGAUAAAGAAUACGGCGUGUCCAGAGGGGUCGAUUUCCAGAACGUGGCGAAUGUGAUCAACUUUGAUUUUCCCACAUCUGUUGAAUCUUAUAUCCACAGAGUUGGCAGGACGGCUCGAGCAGACAACCGUGGCACCGCCCUGUCCUUCGUCGCCCAUUCAGAGCUGUCUGUGCUGGAAGAGGUUGAAGCUUCUCUUACUGGAGACAAUGCAGACUGCGCACUGAAGCCAUAUGCAUUCAAAAUGGAGGAAAUCCAGGGAUUUAAAUACAGAUGUCAGGAUGCCAUGCGUGCCGUCACCAGACAGGCGGUGAAGGAGGCCAGAAUAAAGGAGAUAAAGCAGGAGCUGCUGAACUCUCAGAAACUGAAGAUGUACUUCGAAGACAACCCCAGAGAUCUGCAGCUUCUGCGCCACGACAAAGCGCUUCACCCUGCCGCCGUCAAACCCCACCUGCGCAACGUUCCCGAAUACCUGAUUCCUUCCACAUUGCAAAACAGGGUUAAUCCUCUUCUGCGGAGAAAGAAUAAAAAGAAGUUGAAGCUCAUCGCAAAAGGGGUUAUCAAAACUCCGUUUAAGAGGAAAUUCAGGGGGAAGGACCCGCUGAAGAGUUUCCGCUUCACAGGAAAGAAGAGCAAACCCAAAACCGAGUGACUGAACUGACUGAAAGCCUUCAUCAGUCUGCUGAUCUGACCGCUAGGUGGCGCUGUACAGACUGGCGGAGAUAUUCGACGGAUAAUCACUGCUUUCUGUUCUGCACCACGAGAAUCUUUAUGCUACAUUAAAUUAAAUGGACACUAAUGGACCUCGCUCUGUACUGAACCAACUAUGGACUGAAGGGAUGAGGAAUUAAAACAGAAGUGCCAAGUGGAGAUUCCAGUGUAGCUGAGAAGCAAACCCAGGUUGGGAAAAAUGAUCAUUGCAAUAUAUUAAAUAUAUAUUAGUUUGGUUAACAUACCACUUAUAUGGACAAAAGUAUUGUGGCAUCUGUUCAUUCAUUGUGUUUUUUUUUCCAAAAUUAAACUGUAUUAAAAAGAGUUUAUCCUGCUUGUCUACCUGUCUCUACUGUCCAGGAAACUUUUUCUGUUAGAUUGCUAGUAGAGGAUAGAGCAGAGGUUUCCAAACUUUUGCAAAUCACGGCCCAUUUAACCUACCUUAAAAUUGACAUACUACUGUGCCAUGACUUUUGCACAUCAGUGUAUUUGUGUCUACAAUUCUGGUGCACCUCAAAACAAUAGAAUUUUAUUAAACAUUUCAUUUGUAAAUUGAGUAAUCAGAGUCUGGAGGAAGAGUGGAAAGACACACAGUCCAAACUGCUUGAGGUCUAGAGUGAAGUUUCCACCAAUCAGUGAUGGUUUGAUGAGUCAUGUCUGUCAUCUGCUGGUGUUGAUCCACUGUGUUUUAAAGUCUAAAGUCUGUGCAGUUUUGUUUUCCCACAAAAUCUUACAGCACUUCAUAUCUUACAGCUUCUCUCUGAUGAGAGCUUUUAUGGAGAUGCAGAUUUCAUUUUCCAGCAGGCCUUGGCACACUUCCAAAAGUACCAACUGGUCUUAUAUAAUAUUAACAUUUUCUGAGAUACUGAUUGUUGGGUUUUCAUUGGCUGUAAACCAUAAUAAUCAACAAUAAAGGAAAGAAAACUUUUAAA